CGUGCGGGGCGCACUGUGUCCCGGCCGGCAGCAGCGCAGCCAUGGGGCGCAUCGAGUGGGCCAUGUGGGCCAACGAGCAGGCGCUGGCGUCCGGGCUCAUUCUAGUGACGGGAGGGGUGGUGGCGGUAGCCGCUCAGUUCAAAGGGUGGCCGUUUGCUGCCUAUGCCAUAGCGGCUGGGGUCUUCGUCUGCUUGCUGGAGUAUCCCCGGGGGAAGCGGAAAAAGGGCUCCACCAUGGAGAGAUGUGGCCAGAAGUACUUGACAGCCGUGGUGAAGGUUUUUGGGCCGAUCACUAGGAAUUACUACGUCCGGGCCAUCCUGCAUGCUGCUCUUGCAGUGCCAGCGGGUUUCCUGUUAUCCACCAUUCUGGGCACGGCAUGUUUGGGUAUAGCAAGUGCCAUCUAUUUAUUGGCUGCGAUCCGUGGCGAGGAGUGGAACCCCAUCGAGCAGAAGCCCCAGGAGCGGCCGCAGGUGGGAGGAGGCACCAUCAAGCAGCCCCCAGCUAUGCCCCCGCCACGGCCGCCCGCAGACACGCGCAAGAAGCCGCCAGCAGAGGUGGCCGGCCAGGAAAAUCCCAUCCCGGUCACUAUUGAGGCAGAGUAACACGUCAGUCCCGUGCUCUGCCUGCAGUCGGGCGCCCCCACUGCUAGCUCCGUAGCCUGAUGCCCCCUUCACAGAUGCUCCCUCCCAGGGUCCAGCCUGCUCCCCAUCCCCCCGGACAGCCAGUUCCCCCCUAGUUCUAGAGCCUAGUCCUCUUCCUGUCACCCCUUCACACUACAGCCCACUCAGGACCCCCUGGCGUCACAGAGCCCAGCAGCCUUGGUGCUCCUUUGCACAGUGGAGGGCUGUAGGGCCCACUCUGCCCACUGGGGUAUGUGGGGGUCAGGGGGGGCUGUCUCCUGCUGGGCCCCUCCCCUGUACGGGGGUGUGGUCAUGCUGAAUGACAUCACUUCGUUGGAUUGUCUCCUUUUGAUACCGUAAUAAAACGAGUGAAGCAA